AGAUUAUGGCGCCGUAUGCAGCGCGUAGACUUUCCGAAGAACGUGUUUCUCCACCGUCAUAACCUUUUUCUUUACGGCGAUCGCACGGGUCACUACUCAUUCAAGAUGGGUCGUCGCCCCGCAAGAUGUUAUCGCUACUGCAAGAACAAACCAUACCCAAAAUCCCGUUUCUGCCGUGGUGUGCCAGACCCUAAGAUUCGCAUCUUCGACUUGGGCAAGAAAAAGGCCUCCGUAGAGGAUUUUCCACUAUGUGUACAUUUGGUGUCAGAUGAGUAUGAACAGCUCAGCUCGGAAGCUCUGGAAGCUGGACGUAUUUGCUGCAACAAAUACCUGGUCAAGAACUCUGGUAAAGACCAGUUCCACAUCAGAAUGAGAGUUCAUCCUUUCCAUGUUAUCCGCAUCAACAAAAUGUUGUCGUGCGCUGGAGCUGAUAGGCUUCAAACUGGAAUGAGAGGUGCCUUUGGUAAACCACAAGGUACUGUUGCCCGUGUCAACAUUGGACAACCCAUCAUGUCAGUCAGAUCCACCGACAGACAUAAGGCCUCAGUUAUUGAAGCUUUGCGUCGUGCUAAGUUCAAGUUCCCAGGUCGUCAAAAGAUCUAUGUCUCAAAGAAGUGGGGAUUCACCCGCUACAACCGUGCUGAAUACGAAGCACUCAAGGCCGCUGGACGAUUGGCACCCGAUGGAUGCAAUGUUAAAUAUUUGCCAGAGCAUGGACCUCUGGACCAAUGGAAGAAGUACAGAGAAUUGCUUGGUUAAAGCAAAUUUUUAAAAAACAAUAGUUUUAAUAAAAGCAAAUAGAACUAUAAAA